AUGUCUUGGGCAGACAAGGUGGAGGCAAAUGACUAUCAGGCCUCAGCUCAGAAGCAAUGGCAGAAAUUUCAGGCUGGUAAUCUCUCUUUUUCAGAUCAGAAGCUUGAAUUCACUGAACCUCUAUUCAGAGAAGGACGGAAGUUUGCUCAAAUUGAUGCCGAGGAGGUUAAAAUGCAAUCCACAAAUUGGAGUUCGGCAGUCAUAUGCAUGGUGUUGGGUGCCAAUCCACCUAUGGCUGUCUUUGAAGGUUUCAUCAAGAGGGUUUGGGGACACCUAGGGAUAGCUCAGAUAGCUAGAAUGACGAUGGGUUUAACAAUGGUAAAGUUCAAUGAUGAUGCUACAAGAGAUCAUGUCCUUGAACAUGGCCUUAUCCAUUUUGAUAGGAAGCCGGUCAUAGUUCGGCCAUGGACAACGGAUUUGAGUGCAGUUCGUCUGGUUCGCACUGUCCCCCUUUGGAUUCGCCUUCAAGAUUUAGGGCUUCAAUAUUGGGGUAGAAAAUGCCUCAGUGCUUUAGUUAGCACCAUAGGUAGGCCGAUCAUGGUAGACAAAUUUACUAGGGAACGAUCUCGUGUGCAAUUUGCUCGAGUUUUGGUUGAUAUGGAAAUUACGGAUAAUCCUCCGAAGAGUAUUCAGUUCAUUAACGAACAUGGUCAGAUCAUGGAGCAAGGAGUUGAGUAUGAAUGGCUACCGAUAAAGUGUAAAACCUGUGUUGGCUUUGGGCACUCAAUGGUAGAAUGCAGGAAAGAGAAGAAUGUUCAUUGGGUCAGGAAAGUAACAGAGGCCCAAACAGAGGAGGAGCAGGUACCUGGGGUACAGCAGGUUGGACAGCUGAAAGAAGAUGGGGAUCAGGCAUAUUCAAGAAAAAGCAAAGAGAUGGUGGAACCAGAGGGGUCUUCUCUCUCAGGUGAGGAAACUAAGGAUGACAAUAAUAUUACAGGUUUGGUCUCUAAUCCGUGGAGAACCCCAAAAAGAGUUGUUGCACAUGCUAAGGAGGGACAGAGAUUAGAUACUCAUGCUCAUAAUGCAAGUCGUAAAACUAAAGCUCUGAACAAGUUUGAAAUUCUGCAAGAAACAGUGGUGACCAACAAGGUAGGCAGUUUGAAUCCUAGCUCCUCCUAUGGAUAG